AUGGCAGAGGAGAAAGAGAUGGAGCUGCGCUGCGCUGGUAUUUUGAGCACCGAGCAGCACACUAUUCUUUCGCGGUUGUUGACGCUCUACUUGGCGAGGAAGGAAGGGGAAUAUUCAUGUCAAGAAAUUGUGCAUGGUGGCUUCACUACUGAGUACGAGGAGAUGUCGAAUUUCACGCUCGCAGAUGAUGAAGCGAUCCACGUACUGGUGGAACUGCUCAUGGACAAGUUUGAUGUGAAGCGACAGCGUGUUGAGCAUCACAUGUCGCUGGCAGAGCUAUGGGAACACUUAGAUUUGCAACUGGCGGUAUUAUCUGCUCCACAUCAGCUGGUAGAGCUCCUCCAGAAGUCCUUACCGUUCAAGCUAAUGCUGCGCGAUGCAGUGGCUGCCGGUGGUGUCUUCAAUACGGAUGGUCCAUCUCUUACAUGCCCGGAUCUCGCGUUGUUACUGGACAGUUUUCUGUACAUGUAUAGCCCUCCACCUGAAGCAAAAGCGUCGGGGAACUCAUGGCAGGAGUGCUAUGAUGCUUUGCUCCGGAUUUCGAACUCCCUGUGUCGCGACAGGGGCUUUGGACUUCGAGGAUGCAGAAAUGUCGCAGAUAAAACAUGCACUACUAUUCUACGAAGGCGACCGGACUAUAUCCUUCUGUACAAGGGACUUGUCUUGAUGCGUGGAGAAAGAAAAAUGGCCAAGUUGACGACGCAAUCGUAUGCGUGUGAUUUGGAGCCAUUCGUACCCGAUGAAAUCGAGAAACGGAAGAUCGUGCUGCUAGAUGAUUUUAUCGAACAGACGAUCAAACGUACGCAGAGCGGUGGUGAAAUGAAUGAAGAGCGGUGGUGA